AUGGUCAGAACACUGCGUCGUCCACGGCAGGAAAAGCAGCAACAACCAAGCGCACCACUUUGGUCCGAGAAUGCUGCCAGACUGACUCGCAUUUUCGGGUCCAUGGUAGUGACUGUCCUGACGUGUACAGGCUUGUCCUUUUCCCAUCGGAGUCUCCAAAGUAGUCUGGAAACAAUUGAAAGUGCUCUUCCGGUACAGAAAGAACAAACACCACAAGCAGAACAGACGCAAGAGCCGGCAGCGAUCGGGUACAACCGUACCAAGUACCACUACACUCCUCCCUCACAGUCAUUUGGGGGCCCUCAUUCUUCCUGUGGCGUCACUGACAGCAACAACAACAAUCCACCCACCUACGAGUCAUUCUUUGCCCUGGAAAAAGAUGAUCGAUCCCGUGACAACGAGGACAAGAUUAUCUGGAAAAAGUUCUUUGCGUCCAUGGGCAAACGGGGCAACUACAUCGAAAUGGGGGCGUUUAAUGGCGCGCAAGAAUCCAACAGUCGCUUCUUUGAUGUUUGCUUGGGAUGGAAGGGACUCCUCGUUGAAGCCAAUCCCAUGGUGUUCCCUGAGGUGCCGGUAAAUCGACCGCAAGCCCAUUCCAUGAGUUUUGCGCCGUCGUGUCCUACUCCCGACCAGACAUUGGAAUUCCAUGCUACCAUUUGGACCAAUGCCGGAUUGGAGGGGAAAGCCAAAGCAUACGACGGAACCGAAACAGUCAGUGUUCCCUGUGGUCCACUGCAACCCGUGUUGGAAGACGUAUUUGCGGGAGAGGCCAUUGAUUUCUUUUCCUUGGAUGUGGAAGGAGCCGAACGUUGGUUUUGGAAACCAUUGAUUUUAACAAGGUGA